AAGACAGACUACACACAGUCUCCGCAGCACGAAGAUAUGUGUUAACUGUGACUGGAACCUUGAGACUUAAAGGCAGAGACUGAAAGGAGAAAGUUUGACUGAUUCAAAGUAAGAAAGGGUUACAUUCGGUUUGGGGAAAUGGAAAAUUGAGCGUGUCUGACUUUGAAUCUUCCCUGGUCACGGGUAAAAAAAAAAAAAAAAAAAAAAAAGAGGAGCAAGGACAAGGAGCCUGAGGAUACUACAGAUUAUGUUGCCAUGGAAACCGAAUCCUGGAAGCGGACGCAAGGACCACUGAAGGUGGAUGACCACCCUUGACUGCAUCUUCGACGUGCAACUGUCCUGCUUCACAUUGUGGUGAGAGAAUGCUGUGGAAAAUUACCAUCCCGGUCAUCCUAGCUGGUGUGCUCUGCAUCACCGCAGAGGCCAAAAAGUCCCGUCCUCAGGGAUCCAUCCCCUCCCCGUACAAGACCAAAGGAAACCUGUCCUCAGAACGUCACCACAGGUUAUUGCACCAGAAACCAGAGGUGCUCUCCUCUAGCAGAGAAGCACUAGUGGUGACAGAGCGACGCUACCUCCGCAGAGACUGGUGCAAGACACAGCCCCUCCGUCAGACAGUCAGCGAGGAAGGUUGCCGCAGCCGCACUGUGGUCAACCGUUUCUGCUACGGUCAGUGUAACUCCUUCUACAUCCCCCGCCACAUGGGCCCCAGUUCGGGUCAGGGCCAAAGUCGAGGCCAUGCCUCAGGCUCUGGAAGGAAAAGUCACAACAAGGCCCAGGAACCAUUCCAGUCCUGCUCCUUCUGCAGGCCACACCGCAUCACACAGCUCACAGUGCAGCUGGACUGCCCGGACCUGCAGCCACCUUUCAGACACCGUAAGGUGCAGAGGGUCAAACAGUGUCGCUGUAUGUCUGUGGACGUGAGCGGCCAUGGGAAACUGUGAAGGAUGUGAAAUACUGCAACAACAAAUCAGGAUGUGACCAACUUUGCCAAACAAGGACUGGCUUCAAUUAGGAAAAGUCGUAUUCUGCACCGUACUGAAAAAGACUGGACGACCUACAACAAAUGACACAGAAUGUGGAAGUUGUGCUGUUGAACAUGCCUCAGCAUUGACUCACACAGAGACUGGCAGCCAUAUUGGCAAGCUUAUGUAGCUGAAAAAGACUAUUUUCUGUGGAGGAGUCAGUGAUCAAUAAGCAGCCAACAUUAAAGACAUUACUCUAUACUUUGAGGAAGUCCAUAUCUACCUGGUUAUUUGUACAUUUGUCACUAGAUUCUUUUGUGACGUUGCUUAUUACUGAGUAUUUUAAAGAAAACAAACUCUAGAAGAGUGUGAAAAUGUUUUAGCAAUAUGAUAAGUUGUUUCUGCAGGUGAACACACAGUAAUCACGGUUUCAACUGUAGGAAAAGCUUUAUUUUCUAAAUAUUUUAUCGGUUUUCCAGUUUAUUUUCCUCAUGUUGAUGUAAAGAAAAAAAUAUUUUAAGGUGAGGUUCCUGCAAUGACCUGUUGCACCCACGAGCUGAGACACACCUGGCUGUAUACUGUAUGUUUGCCACAAUUAUAUUCUGGCCAGUAGUAAAACAAAGCGCAGCAUGUGUAAUGGAGGUGCAAUGCAAUAUAAACAGUAUAUAUAUAUAUAAU